AUGGAGGCAGAUUCCUGGACGGAUCACGGAUCCACAGGCGUCGCAUCCACAUCUUCAAAGACAUACAAUGCCAUUGAUCCCAAUUUGAUUGAUGUUGGCGGCACCUAUUACCUGAACUUUGGUUCUUUCUGGGACGACAUCUACCAGGUGCCGAUGAACUCAGCUGCCACAGCGAGUUCGUCCUCGUCAUACAACAUAGCGUACGAUCCGUCCGGGGAUCAUGCUGUUGAAGGCUCUUAUAUGUAUCAGUACGGAGAUUACUACUAUCUUUUCUACUCAGCGGGUAUUUGCUGUGGUUAUGACACUUCUAUGCCUGCUGCUGGGCAGGAAUAUAAGAUCAAAGUUUGUCGGUCAACCAGUGUCAGCGGUGGUUUUGUAAGUGUCUACACGGAUCCCAGCUUGGGUCCUGUUCUUUACUACCACUAUAUCAACACAGAUAUCGGGUAUGCUGACGACCAGAAGCAAUUUGGGUGGAAUCAGAUUGAUUUUUCCACUGGAUGGCCUGUGGUAUAG